GGGCGUAGAUCUCUAUUGGGUUUUGUUAAAAUAUCCCAGCUGGGGAUGUUUUUUAUCUAUCUUCUUUAGUGAUUCUCUUUAGUGACGGUUUGGGGGUUUUUGGGUUGCGUCAACUUUAGUCCUGUUUUGGUGUUGAUUUCGUGGGACAGGGUUGUGGGCUUUGCGAGUGCUUCGGGAUUGGGGGUGUAGGAAGCGGGUUUUCGAGGUGUUUUUGUGGGUGCAUUGUGGGUUUAUGAAGUGGUGGAGGUAAUUGGGGUGGUGGUAUUUGCGUUUGAGGUUGCGAGGCGGAGAAUUAAAGAUUUUUUUUGGGGAUGUGGGUGUUGCUUUUGGGGGGGUUUUGUUAGGAUUUGAGUCAUGGAUGCCAAUGCAAUGCUGGCGAAUAGGAUGAUGGCGGGUCCUUCAGUGGCAGUGGCGCCAGCCCCAGCUGCUGCGUCGUUGAAGUCGACUAUCCGUGUUGUUGGAUUCUUGCAAGGACGCAAUCAGCUCGCUGGAAAGGUUAAGGGUCAAGUUUCUGGCAAGAGGAGCAGCAAGUCAAGGCUCGUUGUGAGGGCUUCUAAGGACAUUUAUUUUGGUCAAGACUCUCGUGCAGCCAUGCAAGCUGGAAUUGAAAAGCUGGCUGAUGCUGUUGGGGUUACCCUGGGCCCCCGAGGUCGCAAUGUUGUCCUGGAUGAGUUCGGUGCACCGAAGGUGAUUAACGAUGGUGUCACCAUUGCUAGAGCGAUUGAAUUGCCCAACGCAAUGGAAAAUGCGGGAGCCUCCCUUAUUCGAGAGGUCGCCAGUAGGACAAACGACUCGGCCGGAGACGGGACAACGACCGCUUGUGUUCUCGCUAGAGAGCUCAUUAAGAUGGGACUUCUUAGCGUGACCUCAGGAGCCAACCCAGUAGCUAUUAAGAAAGGAAUUGACAAAACUGUAGCUGCUCUCAUUGAGGAGCUCCAGAAGAGGGCUGUCUCUGUUGAAGGCCGUGAAACUAUCAAAGCUGUGGCCUCAAUCUCUGCUGGAAACGACGAUCUUAUCGGUACCAUGAUUGCGGAUGCCAUUGACAAGGUCGGACCCGACGGUGUCCUGUCCAUUGAGUCAUCCUCGUCUUUCGAGACCACUGUGGAUGUGGAGGAGGGUAUGGAGAUUGACAGGGGUUACAUUUCCCCCCAAUUCGUCACCAACCAAGAGAAACUCUUGGUAGAGUUUGCAAAUGCCAAAGUUUUGGUCACUGACCAGAAACUUACAACUAUUAAGGAAAUUAUUCCUCUUUUGGAGAAGACCACCGAAAUGAAUGUACCCCUUCUCAUCGUGGCGGAGGAUGUGACCGGAGAGGCUCUUGCUACCCUUGUGGUCAACAAGUUGAGGGGUGUCCUUCAAGUAGCAGCAAUCAAGGCCCCUGGCUUCGGGGAACGACGUAAAGCUCUUCUGCAGGACAUCGCCAUUCUCACAGGUUCGGAGUUCAUCGCUACUGACUUGGGCAUGAAGGUGGAAACCACCGAAUUCGACCAGCUCGGUACCGCAAGGAAGAUCACUGUGAGGAAUGGAAGCACCACCAUCAUCGCUGAUUCUGCGAGCAAGGAUGAAAUCCAAGCUCGUAUUGCUCAGAUCAAGAAGGAGUUGAGUGAGACUGAUUCGGUAUACGACACUGAGAAACUCUCCGAACGUAUUGCAAAGCUUUCCGGAGGAGUCGCUGUCAUCAAAGUCGGAGCAGCCACUGAGACUGAACUCGAAGACAGGAAGCUGAGGAUUGAGGAUGCUAAGAAUGCCACCUUUGCUGCUAUUGAGGAAGGCAUUGUACCUGGUGGAGGUGCUGCGUUGGUGCAUUUGUCCGCCUUGGUGCCAGCUAUCAAGGAGACUAUCGACGACUCCGAGGAGAAGAUAGGAGCUGACAUUGUGCAAAGGGCCCUGAGUGCACCAGCGAAUCUGAUUGCUCAAAACGCUGGAGUGGAAGGUGCCGUCGUGGUGGAGAAGAUUUUUGACAGUGAGUGGGCAAUGGGCUACAAUGCCAUGACUGAUACGUAUGAGAACCUGCUGGAAGCCGGUGUCAUCGACCCUGCCAAGGUCACUCGAUGUGGUCUCCAGAACGCUGCAUCCGUUGCAGGUAUGGUGCUAACUACACAGGCAAUUGUUUGCGAGAAGCCAGAGAAGAAGCGUGGCAUGGCUAUGGCCCCACAGACUGGAAUGACCAUGUAAACUUAAAGAUCAUAGGUUUAGCUUAUACAGGUACUGUAAUAUGCUUAUGUUCCACACGUUUAGCUUUCUAAGUAAGGUACUUGAACCGUCAAAGGUUUCCUUUUGCAGUGUAAAUUCUUACUUUUCGAAGCUGUAGUAUCAAUACUUGUAAUAGUUGCGGGAUGAUGACUAUGACAACCAACAUUUCAAGAGUACCCCAUUUGCAAUACAAUUUUAUCUUGCCCUUCCAGUCGGGCCUGUUUUUGGAA